AUGCCGCCGUCUGCGAGUGAUAUCGAGCGUGCUGAACGCUCUCUAAAGCGUAGCAUUGUAAAAAGAGAUUGCACUGUUGAACAGUUUAGAACACUCAUGCAAUUAAGUGACAAUAUUGAAUCUGAUACCGAUCAAAAGACGCUUUUUCGGGUCCGACUUCGUGACCUCGACAGCCUAUUAACCAAUUUCCAUGCCGAUCAGGACGAUAUUCUUGAUCAAUUAAUUAUCCUAUCGCGCGAGGAACAAUUUGUCAAGUCACAUGCGCCUGUUGAAGCACUUAUAUUGGACAGUUUUUAUAGGGUGCAAGCUGUUGCUGCUGACCAUCACUUAGAUGCUGAUCGAAGUGUUCAAAAUAUUUCGUCACGCAGCACACGUAGCAAUGUUCAAUUACCGAAAAUUCUAUUGAAACAAUUCAAUGGUGAUCUUCAGCAAUGGUGUUCUUACCGAGACACGUUUACGUCUUUAGUUCAUAACAACGAUGAAUUAUCCGACAUAGAAAGAUUUCAUUAUCUAUUAUCAUCUUUAUCAAGUCAAGCAUUACCUGUUGUACGUUCGAUACCCUUCACGGAGGUCAAUUAUAUUGUCGCGUGGGAGGCAUUGCAUACUCGUUUUGACAACAAACGAUUAUUAGUUAAUUAUCAUCUAGACGCUAUGUUUGCCUUUUGUCCGCUCGCCAGUGAGUCAGUAUCAGGUUUAAAACGGUUCUUAGACACUUUCCAACAGAACAUUUCUGCUAUAAAGGCACUAGGCGUUGACGAUUUGGCUAGUUUCCUAUUAUUUUACAUAGCAUCUCGGUGUCUAGACGCGCAGUCAAAACGUUUGUUUGAAGCGGAGCAACAUACUAAUGAGACUCCGACUAUUGAUAUUCUAUUAAAGUUUGUCCACAAUCGAUGCAAAAUAUUACAAAAUUCUACAUCGACACUUUUACCCAAACAAACGGAAUCGAGUAAAAAAUUACAUCAUAAGUCUUCAUUGUUCACUUCCAACAUUCCUGACCAAGGACAACAAACAUCUUGUACCAUGUGUAAAGAUUCUCAUUUCUUAUUUCAAUCAUCUAAAUUUAGUUCUCUACCAGUCCAACAGCGAUUCAAAGUAGCACAGUCACGUCGUCUCUGCAUGAACUGUUUGAGUGCUCAUCACAAAACAUCCACAUGUCAAUCAAAACACACGUGCCGCCAUUGUGCUCAAAAGCAUCAUACACUACUUCAUCUCGAUAAGUCAUUAGUAAAAACCAAAUCAAUUGAAUCGAGUCAUGAAAGUAGUGUCCCAGUGUGCUGA